AUGGAAUCGAGCAGCUUGCUGGUCGCGUCGAUAGGCAUUGCUACUCUGCUACUGUCAGUAGCAUGCUUUAUAUGCUGCAAACGAAGCUCUGCAUAUGUCACGUUGCAAGAUGACGAUGAGGCUGGAAUAUAUGACCCUCUACUGUCUGCUCGACGACCGUCUUUUCAACGACCUCCUCGUCGAUUGCUAGAACCUCCAACUGUACAACUGCUACGACACGGUAUCCGAAUAUCCCUGAUGGCUGCUUCGACAAUCGCUGCUACUAGGUCUCAGACAACCUCGCCCAUACCACACUCGAGAAAACGACGUAGACAAAGUACAUCACCAGCUACGGACGCUCGCUCAUCAAGGAUAAACGAAGACUCACCAAGACCAUCGCUGCAACACCUCUUUGAUCCACUGCUGAGAAGGAGUUCUGAUGGUGGAAGGUCAAGAAUUCCAAACAGAUGCAAUACUCCAACUCCUGUUACGGACGGUGCUCGAAAGGGCAAGACUUUGUACAUUAGUGAUGAUGACCUGGCAGAUCAGCGUUCUUUUGCUUUACCAACUGGUCUGUCGAGAGCUUCUUUCCUGGAAGAUUCUUCAUUCGAGAUGUCCUUGCCAGAGCUAGGACGGAUGAAGUUGACUGAACAUGCACCGCUAGUAUUCAUACACCUACGCAAAUCACUAAACCUGACGCAUCAAGAGUUAUAUGAUUCGCUUUCAAGACCAUUCAUUAUUCAACAAUCUCCUGGUCAAUCAGGUUCCUUCUUCUUGAAGACCACUGAUAGACGUUACCUCUUCAAGACGUUACGUGGGUCAGAGCAUGAAAGCUUAAAAGCCUUCUUGCCUGCAUAUCUAGAUUUUGUCUCUUCGAAUCCGCAUACAUUCUUGCCACGCUACUUUGGAUGCUACACGUUUGAGAAAUUGCCAGGCGAACGAGUCCUCAGUGGAAAUGGAUUCUUUGGUAGUUUGGAAUCAGUGUUGGGGUCCAGGUUUACCUUGAUUGCUAUGACAUGUGUAUAUGACACUGACCUGUCAAUUCAUCAGAGAUUCGAUUUUAAAGGCUCCAACGUUGGUCGUCAGGCCAUUCAAAAUUUACUAGGAUACGUUUCCAGGACAUCGUCAUUGUCGUCUGCCACUCUGAAAUCAUCUGUGGAUGAUGGCGACGGUGACGAUGAUGUCUUUCAAGACUCGGAAGUCACCUUGAAAGAACUUGACUUUUGGCAACUUCUGGCCAUUGGCCAUACAGGUCUUCUGCACGUUGGAAAAGAAAACAAGGGUCGGUUGAUUCGUCAACUGGAGAAAGAUGUCGCAUUGUUGAAGAGUCAUGCGUUUAUGGAUUACAGCUUGCUAAUUGGAAUCCAUCGCCGUGAACGAGUACAACCAUCAUUUGCUACAUCCUCAAGCAAUCCAUCGUUUCGUCAGCAUCGUAGCAGUCGAGUGCCAGACACAUGGCCACGUCAUGCCUCAGUGUACUCUUCCAUUCGCUCCAUCCGUAGUAACAUCCCAACUCAGGCAGCCACCUUCUUUAUGUGGUUGGUGAAUGGCAGUGCCUCUGAAUCUGGCCAAAGUAGUGUAGAGGACGCUGCUGACGAUGAAGCCACUCCAUUCCAUAAACAAUAUCAUGGAGGGCUCAAAAGUGUUGGAAUGAUGGCAUCUGACGUUGAAUAUGAAAUCUACUACAUUGGCAUCAUCGAUAUUCUGCAGAGAUUUAACUUUUCGAAAUGGGUGGAACGAGGUCUUAAACGACAGGCCUCAUUUCUCACAGAACAAUGGCGUGGUUCAGAGAGCGAUGAAGGUCUGAAUAGCCCAAAGUCGCCAACAUUACAAGCUGUUUCACCUACUAAUCAUUCAACGGUUUGGGAGGGAAUAGAGCAUAGUGUUGAGGAACCUCAGCGCUAUGCAUCUAGAUUGGUUGACUUUGUAACCCAGAUUCUUGAUUAA